GGAAGGCAGGCAGAGAGGGAAGGGAGGCAGGCUGUGAAUGCUAACGAGCCCCGUCGUAAUCACACAGCUCCGUAGGUAGGCUUUGCUAAAACAUCUUGCAAUGGAGAGAAACGACCGCCACUAUUAAAGACCUACUAUGCGCCAGUGCCGCGUUAGCCCUGUGCGCGUGCAGCAGCCUCACCGUCGUCCGCACGUUUGAUCAGAAAAACCGUCUUUUUCCGCUGAGUGAAAUGUAUCGCGACUGCUCGGGAUUCACAUUCUGACAAUGGAGAUUGAAAAUAUCGUGGCCAACACGGUUCUCCUGAAGGCAAGGGAAGGUGGAGGAGGGAAGAGGAAUGGUCGUAGUAAGAAAUGGAAGGAGAUGCUAAAACUCCCGCACAUCAGCCAGUGUGAGGAGCUACGUCGCACCAUCGAGAGGGACUACACCAGUCUAUGUGAGAAGCAGCCCAUUGGUCGGCUGUUAUUCCGUCAGUACUGUGACACCAGGCCAGAGCUGAAGCGCUGCAUCGAGUUUAUGGAUGCUGUGGCCAUGUAUCAGCUAGCUCCUGAUGAGAAGAGGAGGGACUGUGGACUGAAUGUUUUAGACACAUACUUUAAUAACGGGUCGGCAGCCCAUCUGCCAGACAUACCCCAGGAUGUAGUUGCUGGGUGCCGGGAGAGGCUGGAGCAGAGUCCGUGUAAGGAGCUCUUCAAUGACUGCACCAAAAUAGUUCGUGAUUAUCUGAGUGGAGCUCCAUUUUCCCUCUACCAGGAGUCCAUGUACUUCUCUCGCUUCCUGCAGUGGAAAUGGUUGGAGAGGCAACCAGUAACCAAAAAUACCUUCAGACAUUAUAGAGUACUAGGAAAAGGUGGAUUUGGCGAGGUUUGUGCCUGCCAAGUACGUGCCACCGGUAAGAUGUACGCCUGUAAAAAGCUGGAAAAGAAACGAGUGAAGAAAAGAAAAGGUGAAGCAAUGGCACUAAACGAAAAACGCAUUUUAGAAAAAGUUAACAGUAGUUUUGUAGUUAGUCUAGCAUAUGCCUAUGAGACCAAGGAUGCGCUGUGCCUGGUGUUGACCAUAAUGAAUGGCGGUGACUUAAAGUUUCACAUCUACAACAUGGGCAACUCGGGCUUCGACGAGCAGAGGGCCAUCUUCUACGCUGCUGAGAUCUGCUGUGGCCUUGAGGAUCUGCACCGUGAGAGGAUAGUCUACAGGGAUUUGAAACCUGAAAACAUCCUUUUGGAUGAUCGUGGACACAUCCGAAUUUCAGACCUGGGCCUUGCUGUUCAAAUCCCUGAAGGAGAGACGAUACGAGGGAGAGUAGGGACUGUUGGAUACAUGGCUCCCGAGGUGAUCCAGAACGAGAGCUACACCUUCAGCCCCGACUGGUGGGGGCUGGGCUGCCUGAUCUUUGAGAUGAUACAGGGCCAGUCGCCCUUCCGCAAGCGCAAGGAACGUGUCAAGCGGGAGGAGGUGGACAGACGAGUGCGCGAGGACCAGGAAGAAUACUCUGAUAAGUUCUCAGAGGAAGCAAAAGACAUCUGCAGACAGCUCCUGGCCAAGGACCCCAAAGAGCGUCUUGGUUGUCAGGGUCGUGGAGCCAUAGAGGUCAAGCAGCACCCCAUCUUCAGAAACAUCAACUUCAAACGGCUGGAGGCCAACAUGCUAGACCCUCCCUUCAGCCCUGAUCCUCGGGCCGUGUACUGUAAAGACGUCCUGGACAUUGAGCAGUUUUCCACCGUCAAAGGCGUGAACCUUGACCCCACAGACGAUGACUUCUACCACAAGUUUGUCACAGGCAGUGUCUCCAUCCCGUGGCAGAACGAGAUGAUUGAGAUGGAGUGCUUUAAAGAAAUCAACGUCUACGAGACAGACGGGACUCUGUGCCCGGACCUGGACAUGAACAGACCUAACCCUCCACCAAAGAGAGGCUUCUUCUACCGCCUGUUCAGAAGAGAGGCAAGUGCUAGUGCUCCGGCAACUGUUCGAGGGGGUGGGGGCUAAGGUCUGUUUUAAGAGCGGUUACAGUGACGACGAGACUGAAGGGCCCUCGCGACUUUAAACCACUCCCUCCACCUGCCCCUCCACCCCACCCCUUCGCCGCUGAACUUCACCACAAACUCCAACCGAGCGCAAAUCUUAGGAACUCAGUGAAUGUUGACCUGUAUUUAUGAGCUGUAUUAAAAGUGUAUUAUAAUUAAAGAAAAAAGUAUGAGUUUAAAGAUUUUGUACAUUUGUACUUGAAUUUAUGUCUAGAUGUAUAUUUUCACUAAAGGUUGUAUUGUACAAAAAGCCAUAAAAGUACCACUUGAAUGCAUACAUUACAUUUUUAUUUCCUUUUUACUUUUUUUGGAAUGAGUAUGGAUAAUGUGUAUUGGGGAGUUUUUUUUUUUUUUUUUUUAAGAAGCACAGUACCUGUAGUCUUUUUAUUUUUCUCAAUGUAGCAUAAGGCCUUUUUAUUUUUAUAUGUGCUGUAUGUUUGUCAUUGAUUUGGCCAAUGUGACGUGUUGUUCGCACAUCAGAUCCACCCCAUCCUAAACUAACCUUUGGCCUCUUGUACCCCUCAAGGCUCAGGUAGAUCUGAAUGAAGGGUGGAGAUCCAAACGAAACCAGUCUAACAUUGCUGUGUUGAUGCCAUGCUGCUUACACCUCCCCAUAUGUUUCCCAGCUCUCCACCUGCCCCUUUGAUUUUAGUUUGGAAGCCCAAGCUCUAAUCCAUGUCCUAAAUCCAGUUAGGCAGGUUUGCAGUAGAAUGGAUGGCAUGUGUUGUAAACCGUCUUAUAGAUACCUGUACCAACUUGAUUCUAGCAGAGAUGACAUGGAUUUAUUUCUGACAACCUUUUUGUCAGCAUGUGCAACGUUAAGAAUCCUUAAAACACAAAGGAAAUAUUAUGGAGGCCAUUUUCAGUGACAUGCGGCCUGAUAAUUAUCAUUCCUGGACCUCUCCAAAAAAAAAAAGUAAAUGUCUGUUACAUUAUUCACUCAGGCAGAACAUUCUUUGGUGAUAAAUAUUUACUCCUUCACUUUUUCUGCUAUUAUCGUACUACUUGGCUUUUCCCUAUAAUGAACCUCUUUUAUGUGCAGAGCAGAAAUCCUUUCUCUUGAAAUUUCUUCAUAAUUUGCUACCCAUAUUUUCAGUAUGCCAGAAAGCCCACAACUGGUUGACUGGAGAAUGACUUGGAACAUAGAGACACAUGAUAAUGAGGAUGACGAUGAUGGCACUGUAUCAGAGAUCUGACCUGCAGCUGACGGUGGCUUCAUCUAGAUAACAAAUUGCUGUUGCAUCAAACUAACUUCCAUUGAUUCAGUUGUCAGCAGCUAUUAACCUCUGCACUGAGUGAAGACACAGCCUGCUUUGGCCCCUGUGCCUGUUGAUCAUAGAUAGCACGAUGCCUGUUGGCCACUUAUCCUGCUAGUAGACCUCCAGUUAGAUCACGCGGCUUCAGCUGUGUUUGUGAUAAAGUCUGUUGAUCUUAAUAGCGCCCACCUUUAACAGUUGCACGGAAAUCCUGUAUGUUGCUCUCUCAUAGACAUAAGACAGUUGCUUGUGUGUUUAUGUGUGUGUGUGUGUGUCCGCGUGUGUGUGCACAGAAAGGGAGGAAUAAUGUUUAAACUCCUGCCUGCAGAGUUACCAUCAUCUGUGUACAGGAACACUCAACCACUUGCAGAGCCACAGUUGUUGUGCAUUUUUGAUUUAUCAUAGAGGAAGUGUUUCCUUUAAAGUUAACCAAUCAUGAACAAAUACAUUCAUUUUCUGUACAUUUCCCAAACAUGUUAUAAUCAGGAUUCAUUAUGUUCGCCAUUUGUUUGUUCUCACUGGCAUUUCAGAGGCAUUUGAAGCCAUUUUGCUUUUGAAAUUUGCUUUUGAGGCAGUUGCUGUUUACUCCCCACCACCUGUCUUUAAUGCUGUGAAUAUCCAAUCUGGACAUGUUAGCUUUGUGCGUGUAUAUUACACUGUAUGCUAAUGCAGCUUUUGUUUGGUCUAAUGCAUUUAAUUAAAUUAGCUAUGCCCUUGUGCAGUAGGAAUUCAGUUAUCUAAACGAUUAAUUCAUUAUGAUGCUAUUUUUUCCACAAAAAGAUGGUGUAGGGGUUUGAAUGUCACUUAAUUGAAUUUCUAACAUUCAAGACUGCUUACAUAUAAAAUGGUACGCAUAUAGUUCCCCAUCUAAAUAACUGUUUUGGAGAGUUGGCUUUUUCUGAAAUGUUGUCCCCUGUUGCAUAUUCCAUUAUCAAAAUCAGGAAUCGAAUGUGUGCAUCUAGCUGUCGCUGGCUUUUUCGUCACUUGAGUUUCUGAGUGUCUCUGUAAUUUUUUUUGUUUUCUUUUUGCUCUCAGGCACAUUUUGGAGCUGAUUUCUCUUGCCAAUGUAGAUUUUAGCCUUUUAGCUCUUUAGCCUCAAAAACCUUGUAAAUUAUGUAUUUCUAACAUGUAACUAAGCUCUAACACACACUCACUCACUCACAGAGGGAAACAAAACUGUUUGCCACCCAAGCCUCUGUCAUUGUUCGGAGUAACUUUACUCUUAUACCAUCCAUAUAACAGUAAAGAUGUUCUGUUCAGUUUCAUUGCACUAAGGUGUGUUUUGACAAUGAUUAUAUAGGAAGUGUCUUUAACUUUUUUGCCAGUGAUACCAAAAGCAACAUUUAACUAAAUCAGACUUGUUUUGUUAGCUGACGAAUUUACUGAAGAAAGACUGACAGCCUUUAUUAUAUGUGCCAAUUACCGAGUUAAUUUCUGACAUCCCAUCUUUUUUCAAUCUCUUUAUCCUUCCGUCCGUUCUGAGAGAAAUUCCUUCACAUAAAGGAACUUUAAACAGCUCAACAGUUUUGAAUGUCCGCACUAAGUGCAUUUUAAUGCCUGUUUUAAAAAAAAUACAUAUGUUUUAUUACUCAAGCAUGUAUUGGUUUGUAAUACUUCAGGUUCCUUAUAUAUGUAAAUGAUGACCUCCUAGUGCCAACAUAUCUCACUGGUAUCUGAGGACAACUUUAUAAAUGGCAAGGUGACCAGCUGAGUUGGCCCAGUUUGAAUACAUAGUGAGCAUUCCUUCUCUCCUGCCUUUCUGCAAGGCGCUGAUGGUGAGUCAGCCCCCUCCAAAACUAGGGUUCAUACUCACCAGCAAGGUUUAAAAGUGAGAGAUCCUCAGUUCCUUGAUGUCACUUGAGUCUAGUUUUGGGAUAACCACCGAUACACGUCUGGAAGUUCUCCAGGGUUUCACACUCUUCUGUCUAGUUAUGUGAUAUUUUCAAGGAAGGGAGGACUGGCAAAUGCAAUAUUGGUAUUCAAAUUGGGCUUGGGACUUCUUGAUUUUUCUUUCUUUUUUUUUUCCUUUUUUUUUUUUUGUAUCUGUACAGUCAUGUCGUUCAACCACUGCAGUCAUUGUUAAUUCUUGUACAAGUUGUAUCACUGGUUGUUGUACCAUAUCUGACAUUUGUAAUUAUGAAAUAAUACA